AAACUUAAAAAGUCAAAUCAAUAAAUCCUAAAUCUUGGAAUUUUUACCCUAUAAUAUUUACAAAAUAUUUAUAUUAAUAUGUACAUAGACAUUUAGUUUUGAUAACUAAACAAUAUACAAUUCAUUGGGAUUUAUUUAUAAGUGAUUUGUAAAAAUGCCAAAAAAUAUAACAAGUGAAGUUCGUGAAAUUAUAUUAAAAGUGAAAGAGUUUAUGGAUGAAGAAAAGCGAAUGCAAGUUCCUAUUAUUCCACUUAGUAAAGUAUACGUUCGAGUUUCUGCCGCAACUGGUGUAUCUGAACGCACAGUACUUAACAUAGUAAAAGAGGCGAGACUUAUUGAACAAGGUUUAUUAGAUCCAGAGACCUUGAAAAAGAAUCCCAAAAAGAGAGUACGCACAAAAGGCAAAAUUGAAGUUGAUGAGUAUGAUCUACAAGUAAUUAGGAGAAAGAUACAUGAAUUCUAUACUUUUAAAAAAGAAGUCCCUACCAUUAAUAAACUCUUGCAAAUAUUAAAAGAAGAAAUAAAUUUUAAGGGUUCAAGGGAGACACUGAGAAAAAUACUUCGUAAAAAUGGUUUUCAAUUUAGAAAACCUAAAAACAAUAAAGAGAAAGAACCUGUACCAGAAGCAACUUCAUCUGUACCUGCUAUGGUGCCUCCAUACAUACAUACUAUGUUUAGCCACAAAAACAUACAAUAAUCACCAUCAAAUAUCCUUUUUUGAUCUAUUGUAUAAUAGAACUAUGCCUAAAUCCUAAUAUCUUGCAGUCAAUUCGAUAUAUUAUAUCAUUGCACUUAAACUAAGUUAUGUUUAUUAUUAAGCUACAUUUUGUGUUUAAAAAAUUAUAUCAUUUUCUGAUACACAUCUAUUCAUCUUAAAACAUCUGAAGGCUUUUUUAAAGUCAUUUGUGAUACUCAAUAUGUCCAACUUUGAAGCCUGAUCUGAGAAUAAUAUCAAACACUAGCAACUAACAGUUAAUAAUAAUGGAAAUUGACAUACAAUGAUAACUCUGUGAAAAAUUAUUAAUUUAUGUAUACUUUUUUAAAUGGUAACAGAUAAAGUAUUAAUGUCACAAUGCAUACUAGCUUUAUUGUAUAGAUCUCUUUUUAUUGAUAGUUUUAAAUGUAUUAUAGGUAUACUAUAAUGAUAAUAGAACCUUGUCUUUUACUAUCACAAAAUGAAAUAUCAAAGUAAAUUUUGAUUAUUAUUAUUAUGUAGAAAUAUUUUUAACAUCUUAUUUGUUUUUCAUUACAAUCUCGAUUCCUAAUAAGAAUAAUAACACAAUACUAAAAUGAAAGAUUUAAAUAUAAAGAUCAGAUUAUGUUACUCUUUAACAUACAGUAGAUUCUAAUUAUGUAGUUAAUAUGUUAUGAAUCUUGUAUGUACAUAUUGUUUAGGAGUCUUGUUUAAAACUGAUCACAAGUGAUAAACAGCUAAUGAUGGAGCAACAUUUAAAAAGCAAUGUUCAUCCUAUUAUGAUCUUCAAAGGUUCCUAGUUGUAUCACAAUAUUAUGAUAGUGUAGUAAGCAAGUAUAUUUCUGUCCAUCAUUCUAGAAUGUUGGUAAAACUAAUUUCGUUCCGAUAUGAAAAAAAUUGAAACAAUGUGUUUUGAAUCAAUUACAACGAGGUGCAUUCUCAAAAACUAGCGUUUAAGUUAGAAUAACUUAUAUUACUAUAUAUACUAAUAAGGCAAUGUAGUAUUUAGAAUGUUAGGAUUUUAAUUGAUCACUGUGUAAACAAUACUCGUUCUGCGAGUGCGACUGUGUAAAUGAUUUUGUAAAAUAUA